AUGGUCUGCAGGGAGCCCGGCCGGGAGUGCGUCGCCUCCUGGCCGGGGAAAUAUGAGUCUGCCUGGGACUCCUUGGUAGCUGGCGCUCGGCAAGGUGAAGUGAGUGCCGCCGUGGUCUUUCUGCCAGACGGCACGGAGCACUUCGGUUGCCACGACGAGAUCCCACCUGAGGAACGCCUGGAAGGCAAAUGCUGGUGCGUGCCGCUCUAUGGUGAGCAGAAGAAGUGGGGGUGCCGAUGGUGGAGCCACUGGAUCGCGAACAUUGAGACAGCCGUGAAGCACGAUGCCGAGCUGCAGGUGUUUUUCUUCGAAGGUCUCACAGGGCAAGGCAAAGUUUCCAGCUUUGACACUGCGGGCGCUGAGCACCUCCGAAGGGAGGAAGUGAACAGCCGGCGCAAAGGUUUCAUGAAGUCGCAGCAGUUCAAGGAUGCCGUGGAAGCCGGCCUGAAUGAGCUUUCCAAUGAGCCUCGCUGGGACAGCUCGUCGCCCCGGUCGCGUGAAGUGGAUCGGCUUUUUUUGACAUGGCUACCCGCGAAAGACCGUGAGUUCCUGCAGGCAUCCGAGGGGUUGGGCAAUUCGCAGAAAGCGGAAGUAGCAUGGCUUGAACGGAAAGGCUACAGUUACACGGAAGUUGAUGUUUCAACUUGGCUGCAUGUGGAUGAUGUCUCGGUUCCCGUCGCAAGGUCGCUGGAGCCAACGCCAAAGGCGAUUGGUAGUCAGAUGGGCGACCUGGAUGCUGCCUUGGAGUGCGCGGAAGAGCGGCUGGCGGUGCUCAGAUCUCUGCACGACCUGAGCAUGGAGGCCAACGCCAUGAUGCAGCUCGCCAACCUGCACAUCAAGGAUGACAACUUCGAGGAGGCGGAGCGCCUGGCUAAGGAGUCGCACGACCUCGGAAAGAAGGAUCGCAAUCCGAGGGUGCAGAUCGACGCCUUGCUGCUGCAAGCCCAGCUCCUGAACACCAAGGUCCUCGAGAAGCCCGAGGACAAAGCCAUGAAGCCCUUCACGGAUCGGGCAGUUCGAACUGUGAACGAGGCCUUGCAGGUGGCUGGCAAGGCCGAGAACCGCGGGCUCCGCGCGCUGGUGCUGUUCAAGCGGGCGGAGACGAUGGUCUUGGCCGGCAGGCAUCAGACCGGCCUUAGGGACGUCAAGGAGGCCACGGGCAUCUUCGAGGAGAUGGACCACUACCAAGCCCUCGGCCGUUGCCUGCUCCUGUCGGGCAACAUCAAGCACGCGCUAGGGCAGGAAGAGGCGGGCGCCGCCGAUGUCGACCGGGCAGACUUCAUCGCCAAGGAGAUUGGCGACCAGCAGCUUGCGGACGAGGUGCAGUCGUUCCGCAAGGCCUUGGAGGAGAAGCGGCUCGAGAAGGAGCGCGCCGCGCAGGUGCAGCCGCUGGGCCGCGAUAGCAGGGUGCCCUUCAUCCUAGGAUCAGCGGAGGUGGUGAUGGUUCUGACUGAGCUGCACACCGAGAGUGCCCAAUUUGAGGACAAUGAGGUGAUCGUUGGACCUGCCCUGUGUGUCCAGCUAGAUUCGGAGGAGUACGAGAACCAGUGCGUAUCCCGUAACUGA